CGUCUCUGAAACGGGGGCAUCUGACACAGCGGCAGAUGCGUUAGGUCGUGCCAUUCUUAUCUAGGCUUUUUGUUAAAAACUCCCGAAUGAUAUGGUAACAUUUUUUCUUCAUUUAAGGGGAUUAUUUUUUGUUAGGAUUCUAAUGGUGCCAUUUUUAGAUUGGACUUCCUUUUAGUUUAUUGCGCAGUGUCAAAUUGUCGAUAUGGAGGCCUAGACUGUCUUAUAAAAGAGGAAUUUGCACUCACUAUUAUAAUUGAUGUCUUUCAAUGUGGGAGCUGCUCCAGGAAUCUAACAACUGUGGUUGGUUUCCAAUGUAAUAGCAUCAAGUCCGAAGUACUUGUACAUAGUUUUUUUUUCAUUUGUCUGUUUUAUAAUUGUGUUCCAGCUUAAUUUCAGCUUAUUAAAAGCUUUGCUUCAGUCCAAUUUCAAUGUGUAAAGCUCAUCAAUGUACCAUAAGUAACAUAAUCCAGUUGUACAUGUGAGAUUUCCAAGAUUCUGAAAGACAAUGAGCGUAAUGGACAACCAAUCUAUCCAAGAAUACUAUGCAGGAAAAACAUUAGCUUUGACUGGAGGCACUGGCUUUGUAGGACAAUGUCUUGUAGAAAAGCUUCUUCGAUCAUGUCCAAAUAUCAAAAAAAUAUUUUUACUUGUACGACCAAGAAAAGGUGUUAGUGGUGAAGAAAGAAUUCAAAAGUUUGUUUCAGAAGAGCUAUUCGAUAAACUUCGAGAAAUAAAUCCAGAUUUUCAGACAAAACUCCAUGCAAUAAACUGUGAUUUAGAAAAAGAGAAUCUUGGAAUCAGUGAUGAAUCGAUGCAAAUACUGAUCGAUGAAGUACAAAUAUUCUACCAUUCUGCCGCCACUUUGAGGUUUAAUGAGCAUUUAAGAUUGGCAUUUUUACUGAACACACUUGCUGUGAAGAGACUUAUUAGUAUAUGCAAAAAAAUGAAGCAUUUAGAAUGCCUGGUCCAUCUAUCUACAGCAUAUUCACACUGUGACAGAACAGAAAUAGGUGAAAAACAUUAUGACACCAAUCCGAAGUUUGAAGACAUUGAAAAUGCAGUUUCCUGGAUGGAUGAUGAUAUGAUAACAAAACUCACUCCUGAAAUUAUCGGGAAAAGGCCUAAUACAUAUACUCUCACUAAAGCUAUUGGAGAAGAGAUCAUAUUCAGAGAAAGCUGUGAUCUACCAGUUGUUAUUCUUCGACCUAGCAUUAUAGGUGCAAUAUGGAAUGAUCCAAUACCGGGAUGGAUAACAACACUAAAUGGACCAACUGGAGUGAUAGUCGCAUAUGGAAAGGGAAUCCUCCAAACAAUGAGAAUUCAGGAAAAUCUUGUGCUAGACAUAAUUCCAGUUGAUUUUACUGUCAAUUGUGCAAUCGCUGCAGGAUGGAAGAGAGGAACUGAAUUUUUACAGAAGAAAUCUUCUACUGGAUUGACAAUGCAAAUUGAUGAUGUUAAACCAGACCCAGCUGGUGAUGGCAACAAUCUCAGAACUGAUAUUCCAAUUUAUAAUUUGACAUCUGGUACAUACAACCCCAAUGUCAUUACUGAGUGGCAUAAAAGCAUGCUCUAUUGGUUUGAGAGUUAUCCUUUCAACGGUGCAUUCAGAAAACCAGUAUUCACCUUGACGACCAGCGAUUACACACAAAGAUUUCUUAUGUUUUUCUACCACUAUGUUCCUGCUUAUUUCUUUGAUAUAGCUUUACGAGUUUGUGGAAGGAAACCCAGAUUGACAAGAUUGACCCAAAAAGUUGACUCUGCACUUGACGUUUUACAAUAUUUUUUGAAUCACACUUUCAAAUGGGACAACGAUAACACCAUGGCGUUACUUCAGAAUAUGUCACCAGAAGACAAAGAGACAUUCAACUUCGAUCCCCGAUGUAUUGAUUGGCACGAAUACAUGAAACAUUUCACGAUGGGAACCAGAAAACAUAUCUUGAAAGAUGAUCCUGAAAGUUAUCCUGCGGCUAGAAGACACUUGAGAAUGCUUCGAAUACUGAGCUAUUUCUUCCAUUCAAUUACUUUCCUGCUGUUGUGGCGGUUGCUCAUUGCUCCAUCUGGCAUUGCACAGAAUGUCUGGCACCUUGUUGUUUCACUCUGUUUCAAGUUUCUGCGAUUCUUCCAGAUUUCCAGUACCUUGCAUAAAGGAAGCUUGUUCUCGUCUUCCCUAUCAUAGAUGGAAGGAAUUAAUGUAGAUGCCUUCUGUAUACAUGCAAAUAUUAUUGUUUUUGAUAUGGUUUCUGAAUCUGAAAAGUUUGUUUGAUGAAUUAUGUUGAUAUGUUGGAAAUUUACAGAUUAUCAUGUUACCAAAUAUAUAGGAUUUUAUGUGUGUGGAUGUGAUUUUUACUUUAUAUUUUAAAGUCUCCAAUUUGUAAUUCUGUAAAUUUAUUUAAUUUUUCUUAGUCAAGCUGAAUGAAUUAUGCACUUGGUUAGAAAAUUAUGUGUUUACAUUCCUUUUGAAAGUUUCUUCACUUCUGUGCUAAAAUGAGUUUAAUUGUUUUGUUAUUCCAAUAAAUAUUACUAAUUAUAAUAACUAAAUUCAAUGUUACUGUUGUACUGUAAGUAACCUUUGAAAUAGAAUUCAAGUUUCAAGCCGAUUUAACUUAAAAUACUUAUCUGGUGGUUUUGUCAGCACUUCCUGCAUUAUUCUAGAUGUUGCCUGAUUUUACUUACAUAUUAUGUUCUUAAAGUUCUCUUUACAUAUUUUUAUUAAUUAAGCAAGAUAACUCUAUGGAAUGAGUGAAAUGAAACUGCUUCAAAGAUAUUAUAUCACUCACUAAUUUAGUUCCUUAUUUUACCUUUCUCUUAUGCACAUUAUGUUGUGUUCUCCACUUGGAUGCUUAAAUUACUGGGUAUUUUUUGAAUAGGUACUAGUAAUUUGUAAAUAAAAAAAUUUUCGCUGAUAAAAUUCUCUUUUAUGUUAAUAUUAGUGUUCUGCAUUGCUGAGAGCUCUGAACAUAAUAAAUUGGUAAGAUAGUGAAUUAA